AUCAUUCGAACUGUCUGUCAUCAUCGCUCGCGCUGACAUCACACAGAAGGAUUUGCUACAAUGUCAAACAUUCCAAAGCAGCGCGAGCUCAUCACGGCUUCCCCGCGCCACAAUGAGAAGCACCGCCGCGUGCUGCUGCUCAUCCUCUGAAUACACAACUCCAUUCACCUUUUUAUUUAUGGGUUAUUUAUUCCAGGUGCCUGGACGGGAUGCGUUUGAGCAGCAGCAGCAGGUCUAUAUGAGUGUGUGAGCCAGGUCGGAGGUCAUGCUGCGGAGGGAAUCUGACUCUCACGGCCUCUUUUCCUCCGGAGAGACGUCUGACAAUGACUGCGAGAUGGGGGCGAGUUGUGGAGAGGUAGAUGUAGUGUGUCUGUGCGAGGCCGGUCCCUGUACACUUUAUUCAGAAGCACACACGCCUACGCCGGACACACUGCUGUGUGAACACUGUGGAAAAAACAGGGUGAUGAUAACCAGGUACUCGGAGGGAUACGGCACAGAGGAGGAGUGUGUAUUGUCCGACCCUCAGGGGGAGAGUGAUGCAGAUGCUGAUAUAGAGGACACAGAUAGCAGACUCCAGGAGCCAGGUUCUCUCCAGCGAAUCAGCUCACGGAGACGCAAGCGUCCACGGGUGGCACGGCAAGACACCACCGAGAGCGAGGACGACGGCGGGCGAAGCCACAGGUCCGAUCGCUGGAACCUCAGGCUCAGUCCUGACAGAGCAGACAGCAGGACCAUACUGGAGGAGAGCAUAUCACAGGUCAGGCCACUGGUCAUCUGCCGGUCAAACGUGGAGAGGCAACAGGGUGCGGUCGAACUGCCCCGAGGCUCCAAACGUCUGACGUCUCUGUGGCCAUCUUCGCCCUCUCUCCCUCUCGUCCUCCUCCUCUUGCUGCCUCUCUCCCUCUCCCUCGUCAUCGUCAUCGUGUCGUUCCUUCUGCCGUGGGCCAGCACUUGACCCGACAUUUCUAUUUCAAGAGAAUAGUUUCACUAUACGAAAAGUUCCACUAACUCCUACAAAGCACAAAAUGGAACAAGUAUAUGGUGCUUUACACAGUAUAGUUACUUAAAGAUGUUUUAAAGGGGACGUAUCAUGAAAAACUUCUCAGAUUUGGCCUCCCUUCCUAUAGACCCCUUUUCUGUUAGAAAACAUGAUGACGUAUUUUGUGGGCAGAGCGUUAAGUGGAUGCAGAAUAAUUCUCUGAACACGUUAGUUAACGCUGGCUAGCAAGUUUUGUUGGCCUGUUUUUAACAAUGGCUGAAGAAAAUCCGAGUUUCUCUCAUUAUGUUCAGUCACUCACUCUCCGGGACCAUGAGUAGUUGACCAAUUAGCUGACCCCUACGCCGCUGACAGACUAAUGCUACUUCCGGAGGAGAGGACGACUGGCUAGCUAGCUUGUCCAGAGACUGACAAGAUAGCUAGCUAAUGCCUGCUCUCCUCACGGUGAAGCCCAGUCUCCGAAGAGUGAGGCAGAGAGUCCCUCUUUACACCUAGCCCUGCUACUGGGCUCAUUUUGUGUAACCAGUGUUGCAUGACAGCAUGGCGGAAUUAACAAGCUCGCUAAGUAGCCAGCUGGCCAGCUGCAGCGCUGUAAAGACAAAUUGAUGGCGUAUAAAUCUUUGGAUGCCUAUAGUCAACUAUCCUACAGUAAAGUCAGUCAAAAAGAGAGUUGUGCAAUAUCGGCGAAGCGUUUCAGAGACGGAAAGAAAAGAUUGCUAAUAGUUUAGCCUUCUGCUAAACGCAGCCGUGAGCCAUUGGCUGUGGUUAGCAGAAGGCUAAACUAUUAGUAAUAUCUUCUCUCCAUCAUCGAAACGCUUUGCCGAUAUUGUAGCUGCUAGAUUUCAAAUGUAUGCGAUAUUGAUUUUGGCACCCAACCUUUUGGCACCCAACCACACAGCAAGAUGACAUUUUAGAUGUGUAAUUUUAGCCCUUUACUCUGAGGUGCUUCGUGUUUGCCUCCAGUCUUGCCUUUGUUUUGCCUCCAGCUAACACCGUGAUGUAAUCAUGACGUCAGCUGUAAAAGGGUCUAUGUCAAAUGCAGGCUCAUUAGCAUAUCUCAACCACAGCUUGAGAACUACCUUUGCAAAGAUGCCCUUUAUUUUUCUCGCAAGCCAAUCAGAGUAAACUGGGCUUUUUCAGGAGGAGGGUCUUAAAGAGACACGUGCUAAAAUGGAGCAUUUCAG